CUCGGGGGUGGUCUUGUUUUGUUCGUUCGUAUGAUGUUAACAGUCGCGGAGCAGCAAAUCAAACUAUUUCAACAAGGGGGCGCGUCUGUGGAAAGCUUGUGAAAGAAUUUGUAAAACACACACAUGUGAUUUCGAAACGAUUCUGCUGUCGUCUGGUCAAUGGUUAUUCGUGAAGCGUUGCGUGCGUGGUUACAAUUACGAUCUGUUGUUGACUCGUGAAAAAUUUCGGUUGAUCUUUUAGUCGGUGUCUUCGAGGAAGUUGUUGGAUUAUUAUUCAUAGUGUUUUGGUCUCAGCAAUUGUUUAAACAAAAAUUAGAAUCAUGAAAGUGGACGCCAAUAUAAGUACGAGUCAAAUGACUCAAAACUGGACCCGGUACAUGGUUAUGACAGAUACCAAACAUCUGUGGAAACCGAUCGAGUUGCAAACGGAAAAUGAAGUGCUGGCAAAUGUUCCGGCUGAUGGGAAAUUGGCGGCAACAUUCGAGUCAGCCAAUCCCAUCGAUAAGCCGGUCCAGAGCACGGCUUCGAUUCUCAACACUCCGGUUUGGACGGUCCACAAUGAUUUGGUGAACAGUGGAAUUCUGCAUAACGAGGGUGGCUGGCCACGGGAUUUGGAUACCACCGAUGAAGAAGUUACGGCGCGUUACCGUCGGAAGCAGGAAAAGAGCGAAGCUUAUCUGAACCAGAUGAAGGGACUGGCGAAGAUAAUGGAACACGGUAUACUGCAGAACAGUGCCUGUGAUAUCUACCAGAACUAUUUCGAGGAUACCGAGCAGCAUGAGCUGAUCGAGCAGUUCAGCUCCAAGACGGUGCACGUGUACAAGGAUAACCUGGAGGAGCGCCGGAAUUGCAGCUACAUCUGUUGGUCCGAGGAGGGGAUGCAUUUCGCGUCGAUCCAUUGCAACAUUGGCCAGUACAAUAACAUCAAUGCGGUCACCGAUUCAUACAUCUGGGACAUUGAGAAUCCAAACUUCCCCCUGCAAACGCUCGUUCCACCGUAUCAGGCGCGUUGUCUGGAGUAUAAUUUCAAGGACAGUUGCCAACUGGCCGGCGGACUUUUCUCCGGACAAGUGGCCAUCUGGGACAUCCGUGUUGCCAACGAGCCGGUUGAAAUUACUCUUCGGGAAACCAGCCACAACGACGUGGUCACCAAGGUACUAUGGACGGGCACUAAGACUUCGAACGAAUUUCUGUCGGGCUCAACUGACGGUAGAAUUCUUUGGUGGGAUAUGCGAAAUCUGAACGAACCGUACGAUUUCCUGAAUCUCUCGCCGAAGGACACGCAAAGCGUCGAUCCGGACAGAUGUUUCGGCGUUUGUUCAGUUGAGUUUGAGCAGACGAUUCCCAAUAAAUACACGGUAGGAACCGAGAAUGGAAUCAUUUACAGCUGCAGCCGAAAGUACAAGUCCCCAGCGGACAAAAUCAACGCCCUGACCAAGGCACAUACAGGGCCGAUUUAUUCGGUGGAACGAAACCCGCUUUUUAUAAAGAACUACAUCAGCGUUGGCGACUGGCAGACCAAGAUUUGGACCGAGGAUUGUCGCGAUAAUCCGAUCGUCUGGACUAAGGAAUAUUCUGUUCAGUUGACCUGCGGAGUUUGGAGCCCAACGCGGUGUUCUCUGGUGUUUAUUUGCAGAAUGGAUGGCGUCAUGGAUGCCUGGGACGUCAUACAUCGACUGGAUGGACCGGUGCUUCGAAUAAAGCUGUCGGAUGUCCCGCUCUUGGCACUCAGGGUUCAUAAAAACGGGAAACUAAUCGCAAAUGGAACGGAGUCCGGCGCUGUCUAUCUGACGGAGAUCUCCGACAAUCUCACUUUCAGCUCCGCCAACGACAAACCGGCCCUGUCCGGAAUGCUGGAGCGGGAAAUGCGACGCCAGCGGCUCCUGGAAGCGAAGAUCAAAGAGGCGAAAUUACGUGAAAAAGAGUUGGAACGAGAGAGGGCACGCCGGGCGAUGAGAAUGGAGAAGGACAACUCGAUCGAAGACGAAGAAAUGGAGCUGGUGUACGAAUCUCAACGUCAGUUCUGGAUAAAGAUACACGGCCGGAAAAGUUUGAAGUCCACAUUGAAGGGAAUCCGGAUGCGCGACACCGGUUUGAAUAUGUUGAAGCCACCGGGAAAGAAAGGUGGCGCGGCCAAGGGAACGUAAUCCAAUUAAGGAAAAAAAAGUAUGAUCGAGAAUGUAGAAAAUUUAUUACAUUGUAAAACCACAGAAUGGUCAUUUGGGUCACUAUUGGGCCUCUUUCAGCGUCUUUAUAUUUUGGCCUGAGCUGUUUCAAAGAAACGCAAUAACAAGUGUUAAAUGAUUAUGGGUAGUUUGUAUUUUAUGGUUAGCCUAAUAAACGACCGAGUAAUGCGUUUCUGAACAUGUAUUUACAGGGUGUAUCUACAAUAUGUGAUAACAAAAAUUGUAACAAAAAGCUAUCCGCAUAAGAAAUACAUUUUGAAAUGUU